AUGACUGAUUUACAGCUGAAUGUGCCGAGCUUCAAGAACGCGACGCUGCCGGCGAGCGAGCAGGUGACGGCGCAGGAGAUCGAGCGUUACUUCAGACAGGAGCUGAUCUACACGCGUAACGAGCGCAUGGGCCGCCGCGUCAGAGCGCUGCUGGAGGAGCAGCCCGACAAGAGCUUCUUCUUCGCCUUCGGAGCAGGUCAUUUUCUGGGAAACAACACUGUGAUUGACGUGUUGCGGCGUGAAGGUUAUGAGGUGGAGCACACGCCUGCUGGACAGACGCUACACAGCGGCUGGAGGUCUGGAGAGCUGACGGAUGCAGACGCCCCACUCAAGCCGUUCCUCCACGAGAGCCGAGAUCUUCAGGAGGACGAGGACUCGAACCCGCAGCUCCUGGAGCUCCUGGAGAAGGUGGAGCACAAGCUGAAGAAGAAGCGCCACAACAAGCAGAAGAAGCAGCGCCAUCGUCAGUUCAACGACCUCUGGGUGCGGAUGGAGGAGAGUGUGACGGCCGAGGCUCCGCCUCCUGUCGUCCGCAUCAUCAACGGUUACAUCACAGUCCAGACACUCCCACAGAAGCACGGCAGAGCCAAUCAGCACAGGACGUUCUCAGGCUCCUCCUCCUCCUCCUCCUGGAGCCCCGCCCUCACUGCGACAGCUCUGUGUGUUCAGAUCCUGCUGCUGCUUUUAUAAGAUCUGAUGAACCCUAAACCGCACGGCCAGACUCUGAGCCUCCUCCUGCUUCAUGCUGAACACUUCACUUCUUCAGCUCUUGAAGAAU